CCGGUUCGAACUCCGAAAGGACGGAGCGACACCACACUUGAUCAAGUGUGGGGUUCUUGCUAGUCAGACCUCAUACUCGACUCGGGACAGGACUCUCGCCGUACAGAACACUGCUCAACUUCCUCAUCGCUCUCGACAUCCAACCGCUUGAUUUCGGAAGUCGCCGACACUUCGUGCUCCGUGACGCAGCGAACGCCCUCGCGGCGCUCGCGGCGCACCUCCCGCCCGAGGCGUACAACGCACUCGAAGCGAUCCUUCGCGACGUCGACCAUCGCCUGAACACACAGACAGCACCCGCUCCGGUACCUGAGCAGGCCGCUAGUCUGACCGCGGACCAACUCCGUACCUCACUCGAGCACGCCUUCGCCUCCGCAAACUUCGUCGUCCAACCUCCGGCAGCCCACACCUCCCCGGUAACGCCCCGGCCCGGGAACAUCAAGGUUGAACCUCCCCAUUUCCACGGGAAGGAGACCGAGGACACGCCGACUGGUCGCUUCAGGCACCGAUGCUCUUCCGCGGAGAGGCCCUUCGCUGGUACGUCGCACAGAAGAAGCGCCUUGGCCGAUCCUUCGGCUGGGCGGAACUGCGCACCGCGCUCGAGAAGAAGUUUGACUCCCCGUUGAGGGUCGAGUCGCUCCGGAACGACCUGCGGAACCUCCCGUACAAGGGCAACCUUGUCCGGUACGCCGCGUCCUUCCGUGAGCUGGAAUCGCAGAUUCCCGAUGCGGACAUGACCUUCGGGGACCGCUUGGCAAACUUCCUCGCACACCUUCCGUCCGAGUACGCUCGUGACAUCCGACGUGACAAACCGACCACUGUACAAGCCUUUCUCAUUCGCCCACACCCCUACGACAGCCCCCGCACAAACUACCUCCACCACAACUGACCCGCAGCCCAUGGACCUUGACACCAUGGAGGCCGCACCCGCGCGCCGCACCGCACCUGGUGGUCCAUCACGAGUACGUUGCUAUAACUGCAAUAAGACGGGCCAUUACUCACGAGAGUGCCGCGCGCCGCGCAAGCAGCGUCCACAGGGCCUGCACAUUCUCGAUGGCGAGGGCGAGGGCGAGGGCGAGAGCGAGGACGAGAGGACGGGUGAGGACGAGGGAGAUGAGGAGUACGAGGAGGACAUGAGCGAGCUGAAUGUCCUGAACCUGUCCGAUGGACCGAUGUCCCAGCACGAGUUGCCGAUCUACUUCGUGCAGAUCCCGUCGAGGCGCGAGAUGUACCGUGCAAAGCUUCGCCGGACAUCCACCAUCAUCGACACGGGGGCAGCUCGGUGCUACAUCAAGCCGUCCAUCGUGAGAGCGCUGGGACUCGAGGAGUUUCCCAUCACGACGAGGGUCAUCCAUGGCGCUGGCACGACGAGUACAUCGGCCCUCGCCAAGUUCAAGGUCAAGAUCGGGGGUGUGGUCCGUCCUAUGAUGGCAUACGUCCUCGACAACGACCGGUUGCGGUACGAGCUGGUCAUCGGGCAGGACUGGUUGAAGCGCCACAACGCUCAGCCUGACUGGGCAACGUCGUCGUGGUUCAUCACCGACCCCGCGACACAUCAGACUACACGCCUAAGCGCGAGCUCCCCGCCCGGCACGCCGACCGCGCCCGCACUACCCUCACGAUCACCAUCGCUCGACCUUGGCCCCGACGCAGCCUACAGCCGCCGACGUCGUCCCCUCUCAGACGAUGACCCGAGCUUUGAUGGUUCCUUUGAGCGCCCUGCUUCGCCGGAGCUCUUGCCGCUCGACCGCUCCGUGCGAAGCUUGCCGCUGCGAAACGCUCUCUCGGUGAUCGCCUUCGUGCUAUUGGGAAGGCUAAGUUCCCGAAGCUGUUCCAGGCGAAGGUGCGGUACGAGGACAUUCCGAACGGGCGCGUCAUGCACGUCAUCGAGACCAAGGACGCUGUUCCUGUUCGAGGACAUGGGCGUCCGCACUCGCCGCCGGAGCACGAAGAGAUUCGCCAGUUCAUCGAGGACGGCCUGCGGGAUGGGAUCAUCGAGCCGCAUUUGCGUUGAUUAUCGGAAGCAGCAGCUGCACGGCGCACGCUUCUUCACGACCCUGGACCUGAAGUCGGGCUACUGGCAGAUACCUAUCCACCCUCGCUCCCGCGAAAAGACGGCCUGCCACCUUCCAGAACUUCAUGAACGAGAUCCUGCGUCCGUUCUUGGAUCGCUGCGCCAUUGUCUAUCUUGACGAUGUGAUUAUCUUCUCGCCCACUGAGGACGCGCAUGUCGCUGACGUCCUUGCUGUCCUGCAGGCGCUCAACCAGCACGGGUUGAUCCUGAACGAGAAGAAAUGUCAGUUCGCGCGGACAGAGAUCCUGUACUUGGGACACAUCGUCUCAGGACAUGGUCUCCGCCCCGAUCCCGACAAGGUCAAUGCGAUCACGGACUGGCCACGGCCGGACAACGUUACUCGCGUUCGCGGCUUCCUCAACCUGGCUGGCUACUAUCGUCGCUUCAUCCACGCCUUCGCGCGCAUUGCGGGACCUCUCUACAACCUCUUCAAGGGUAACCCGCGCAAGGGCGCACCUCCUCUCCCGUGCUUAGCUAUCCACGUCCUUGGCACCUCUUCGUUGUCGACACGGACGCGUCAGGCGACGCGAUCGGCGGUAUCCUCCACCAGUCGGACCGUGACUUCAACGGGGGGAAGGGAUCCGACGCUCGCUUUGCCUUCAAGGAGUCGGAGCUUCACCCCAUCGCGUAUGAGUCGCGUCGGAUGACCCCGACCGAGCAGCGGUACUCUAUCGUCGUUCGCACCGAUCACGAGUCCUUGAAGUACUUCCUGUCACAAAAGCACCUUGGCCGCCGCCUUGCUCGCUUCGCGGACAACAUCGCUCAUUUCGACGUCCACAUCGUCUAUCGCCCUGGUCGUAACCAGCUUGCUGCGGACGCGCUCUCUCGUCGUCCUGGGCAUGCAGACGUCCCGGACUCGGAGACCCUUGGCCCGCUCUUCGCGCACCCAAUGGACACAUCCGUGCCCGCGCCGAAUCGAGCGGACAGCUUCGAGACACUCGAGACUUGGCGACAGGCUCUGCUCGUGGACCGCACUUCUGAGCCUUCACGUCGUGGAUAUGUCCUUCAGAACGGACUUGACACUCGGUGACGCCCGCGCCCUCGUUCGCGACGUCCAUACGGAGAUCGGCCACUUGGGUGCCCGCGCGGUGAUUGAUGCACUGCGGACGCGCGCCUGGAUGCCGAACGUGACCGAGCUCACAGAGGAUGUUGUUCGUCGCUGCAAUGGAUGUCAAUUCACCCGUCGCGAAGCUCCCAAGCCACAACCCCUUCAUCCUCUGCCGCGCGUCGACGCCUUCGACUGUUGGGCCUUCGACUGGGUUGGACCGCUUCGCGAACGCGCACCCCGCGCGCUCCUCCGACGCUGUGCUCUCUCUCCUGCGGCAACACAUCGUGACCUUCGGGAAGCCCAAGGCCAUCCUGACCGACAAUGGCGAGGAGUUCCUGGCAUACAGGUUCCAGAACUACCUCCGGCGGCUUGGCAUCGAGCACCUCCGCACAUCGCCGUACCACCCGCAGACGAACGGCCGCCUCGAGAAGUUCAACGACAACCGGACGCUUUGCUGGCGCAUCGCGCGCACGUCAACCGCAGCACCGGUGCAUCUCCCGGGUACCUCGCAUACGGUCGAGAGCUUCGUCUUCCGAGCGAGGCCACGUACGACGCCCUUCGUCGUCCACCGACCGACGCCGAGAUUGAGCACCUUCAGCGUCAGCGUCUUGAGCAUGUCCACGAUCUUGAACGGAUCCGGCGGCUUGCGAACGCGAAGGCCGCCCAGCGUCUCGAGGACGAGGCCCGGCGUCGCGAUGACACCUAUCGCGAGCGCGGCAUCGGCAUCGGCGAGCUCGUCUUGCGGCGUUCGCCUGAGUCGACGAAGCUUCACCCGCGCUGGGACGGGCCGUUCAUCGUGCACGACCUUGUACAACGCCGAGCGCCUGAAGCGCUACCACCCAUCCGAGCCCGAGCCUGCACUCUGGUACUCCUCUGCCGACCUCCAGCGCCGCGAUGCGAAAGCUCGCUUCGAGCGUGACUUGCAGGGCCGUCGUGGCGCUUGAACAGUUGACGGUGGUCCAGUGCCGGGACGGUCGAUGCGGUGCCCAAAGUCGAGCUCACGCAAACGACACGUCACCAGCUUGAAGAACCACACCUCUGUACUAUACGAUCCCGACGUCUUGUGUCUUGUUUGUGCCGCGGCCGCGUUGUCCUUGCCGA